CACGAUGCUACCAACUCCUUCGACCUCCCACGUAUGCUUCGAUCGCGUUUAUGAGCCAGCUGAAGACUCCUUUCUACUUCUCGACACGAUAUCGUCGUUUUCGGAGGCAGCUUUCCUUCACGAUAGAUUUAGGCAGACCACCCCCGAGCUAGAACCAUGCUCGACCUCACCGCUGGUACUCGAAGUCGGGGUAGGUUCUGGGGUUGUCCUCGCAUUUGUUGCGGCCAAUGCUAAAACAAUAUUUGGUCGAGAUGAUGUGCUGGCUCUCGGAACUGACAUAAACAGCUUCGCCUGUCAAGCAGCUUCUCAAACCGUGCAAAAUGCCAUACACAACCCUAGCGAAUCAGUCUUUCUCGAUAUUGUCAAUGGAGACUUGGCAUGCGCAAUUCGGCCGUACUUAGUCGAUGUGUUUAUAUUCAACCCACCUUACGUACCUGCCAAGCUUCCCGACUAUUCUCGCCACGACAAUUAUAAUACCAUACUAGCAGGUCAAAAGUCGACAUCAUUCGAGCAAGACUCGUAUCUCCUCGAAUUAUCAUAUGCUGGGGGUAUAGAUGGAAUGGAGGUCACAAACCGAAUGCUCGAGCAGAUACCACACAUCCUGAAUCCGUUGAGGGGGGUUGCAUACCUAUUAUUAUGUGCCCAAAACAAACCAGAAGUGGUUAAACAACGUAUUAAAGAUUGGGGCCCUGGUUGGAUGGCCGAGACUGUAGGAAUAAGUGGGAGCAAAGCUGGGUGGGAGAAGUUACAAAUUGUAAGGAUUUGGAAGGCCACUCUAUCAUGAAGAAGAUAAGGCGAAAUUGUCCGGAUGUCGGAUCCACACACUGAAAAUUCAGACCAGGACAUGGGUUUGGCCUGCCCUCCGAUACAGCUGCCUAUCUAGGUCCCAGAAUAUAUAUUCACUGCC